CAUAGUUUAUGUAAUCCGGAAUAUCAAAUGUGGGUAAUAUCUGACAAUCGUAUAUACUGACUACUAUCUGACACGUAGAAUGCGUAGAAUGACAGUAUUCAAUUAAGCUCGAUGUAAUGAGGAAUGACAUGUUGAGACACCGGACGAUAUGAAACGGAAAGUAAUAUAGGUUUUACAAUAUAACAUGCCAUGAUUUUCAUUCAUUAUGUUCUGUGGAUUUUGUGACGUGCAGUUAAUGAUGCCGUUACCAAGAAAAUAUGGGAACAGCGUUCACGUCGACUACAAAGCUCGACUUGAGCACAAACUUUACUUGGCGAGAGAGAAUCCAGAGCCAGUAUUUGAUGUAUCGGAAUGUGCAUUAAAGCAUGUACCCUCUGGCAUUUAUUCUCUGUGCAAAGUUUUUAGGAAAAAAGAAUUAUGGAUGCACCACAACAAAUUAAACUCCCUUUCUGGUGGAGGUGCCUUGAGCGAUUUGUCGCUUCUUACUGUGCUAGAUCUCCGUAACAACUAUUUUAUCAGUUUGCCACCAGAAAUAAUGUACCUUGUAUCCCUUAAGGAGCUUUAUCUACAAGAAAAUAAUAUUCGAAAGCUGCCAAAUGAGAUUGCAUGCUUAAGGAACUUGUCGAUUUUUAAUAUCUCAAAAAACAAUUUAAAGUGUUUGCCAGAAGAGAUUGGAGAACUACGGCAACUCACUGUGUUGGAUAUUAGUCAUAAUAGUGCUCUACAAAAAUUGCCAAAGUCUCUGGGUCAUGUGCAGCAAUUAACAGAAUUAAAAAUCGAUGGACUGAAGAUUUCUUAUCCAGCUCAAGAUGUUCUUAGUGGUGGAACGAUUGUGAUCAUAGCUUUUCUGGCAAGUGAAUGCGGUAUUGAAUACUCUCCUGAGGAUUGUAAUCUAGAAAUAGAAUCUAGAGAUACAAGCUCUGAAGAUGUCAGACCGAUGUAUCAGAAUAAGGACAACGAUGUUCAGGCGACAAUAAUGAAGUUAGAAAACUUAAAGGAACAGAGACAAAGUGCUUUACUGGAACUGGAAAAGAAUAUGAUAGAACAACAGAAGUACGAAGAACAAUUACAAUCGACAUUAAAAGUUCACAGAGAGAAGCUUUUGGAAGAUUUGGCGAUACAACAGAGCCAACUUGAGCAAGAGAUAGAGAAGGUGCAACAAGAACGAGACUGUAAUCGUACACGUUUGCUUUCAUACAUUUAUAAUGUGGAGAAAGAAGCUGAUAAUGUCAUAAAAGAAUUUUUACGAAGCAGUGAAGAGGAACGACAAACUCAAGCUGAACUUGUUGAAAAAGAAAAACGAGAAGAAUUGCAAUUACUUUCAUUAUGUCAUUCGGAACAAUUUAUGCUCCGCACAAAGGACACCCUUGUCGCAAUGGAGGAAUUACUACAAGAGGAGCUACUUCAAGAACAAAAGCUCGAAGAGUACACAAAGUUCAGAGAUUAUACAGCGCAGUCUUUACUCAGCCUAGAAGUGAGGAACAAUGAUCAAUUAACGCAAAUAGUUCAGGGUCAGGAAAGAAAUCGGCAGGAUUUAGUAAACAGAAUAAGAAAGGAUGAAGCAUUACAAAAAGCAGCUGUUGCUGCAUUGCUGGAACGUAGUGAUGCACGUUCCUGGAGUAUCGUACAGCAAGUCAAUUUGGUACAGUCUCAAUUAGCAACCCUGACAAAUAUUGAGUUGGAAAGAAGAAAGUUUGAAAUGAAUCAACAACUCAAUGACAUAGCUGACAAAAGAGUGACGCUGAGCGCCAUCCUUCUCAAUUUAUUGGAUCAACAAGAAAAACGGAGAGAACAACUUCUUGAAACUAUUAAACAAAUUGAACAACAACGUGAUAUUAACAAUACAAGAAGAGAUAGUCUUUUCUGGUUAAUGCAAUACCAAUCGUUAAUGGAUGCACGACCUCAAGGUUUAUUAGAAACUUUAGAACCAACAUUGUUGCGUCAUGUUGCAAUGGCAGGUGCAUUGCACUGUUUACCCUUUUUAGCAACUCUACCAUCCUUACUACCAAAUCCUAAUGACGACCAAUUAAGAGCAAUUGGUAUUCAUAAUGAAAGUGACAGAGCCGCCAUAAUGUUGGCUGUUCAGAAUUAUUUGACUGAAAAGAAACUGUGUAAUAUUCAAGAGGCGAGCACAGUGCCCGCUGUCCCAUCUGCACCACUGAAAGAGCCUUCUACAAGUUCAAACCAACAAAACUCAGAAGAAACACAAGGUAUCAACGUGGCAGAAUGCGUUGUUUGUUUGGAUUUGCAAUGUGAAGUGCUUUUUCUGCCAUGUGGUCAUAUGUGUUGUUGCACUAACUGUGCAGACAUGGUGACCUCUGAGUGUCCCAUGUGUCGAAGUUCGAUAGAGCGUAAAAUCCGAGUAAUUAUGCCGUAACAUGUUAAUGACUUUUUAUAAGAACUGCACAAUAUUGUUGAUAUGGCUUAAAUACUGCAUUUUUUCUACCUUUAAAGCAUCACAAAGAUAUAAGAAUUAAGGAAAGCAUUUUAAUCAGAUAAAAAAUGAGACAGUGAUGGUCUCAAGUAAUUAUUAUAUAGAUAGUGAUUGUAAAUUAUUUCAACUUUGUACUUUAUUCUUUAAAUCAGAGAGCAAACAAUUUUUACGGCUCCUGGUGCAUGUGACAAUGUAUCGUUCACAUCGGACAAUUACACAAUGUAAUUUAAUUGAAAAAAUGUAUUUUCAUAGGGCCUAGAUUCCAAAAAUGCAAGGUGCAAGGCACCUGAUUCUCCAAAAUUAAUUAUAAUUAUAUAUUUUUACCAUAACAAAUUUUAUAUGGAAUUUGAAAAUAUAUAAAUUUCAUUAGGCAUAUUGUAAUUCAGAUUGACUUGUGUAAAAUUAUUUUAUUAGCAGAUGAUGCGAUGCCAGUUAAUAAUUAUGUUGAACUUCAAUUGUGCUGUACUAUAAGAUGAUAAACUCAUGAAACGUAGGUCUAAUUAAUCCUAGUCUUUUAUUUGCAUUAUAUCAAAAGUGCCAUCAUAAUAGCAUAUAGUGUAUGAAUAGUUGAUUCCUACAUACAGUAGGAUGUAGACUGAAAAAAAAGAGUAGAUAGGUAACGGUUUUUUAAUGUUUUAAAGAGAUUGGCUUUCAAGAUAUUAAACAUUACAGCUUUGGACAAA